CUUCAUACAACACCAUACCUAGGUACUUGCUAUACAUUUUUCUACAUUCACCAUGCCAACUGUUCUAAUCAUCGGGGCCGGUCUCAACACCGGUAAGGCUGCAGCCGAAACCUUCUCAGCCGCAGGAUACCAGGUUGCCGUGGCAUCUAGGACUCAGAAGCUUGAUUCCAAGUAUCGGUACUAUGCAUUUGAUGCUUCGAAGCCAGAGACAGUGCCGACUCUGUUUGAGAAAGUGACCACCGACCUUGGCGCACCCAGUGUUGUUAUUUAUAUUACUGCCGCUGGUCAUGUCAGUCCCCCGGAAAAUCCGUUUGAUACGGAACUAGACGGGUUCCAAAAGGGCCUGAAUAUAAAUACCAUUUCCCCUUAUUAUGCAGCACGGGAAGCGGUUAAGAGCUUCGAGAAACUUGGCCCUUCUGGUCUGGGCCCUAGUGGAGGCUCGUUUCUGUUCGUUGGUAAUGGCUUAAAUACCACCGCUAUUCCGGGCUUCAUGACCUUUGCUGUUCAAAAAGGUGCUACCGCACAUAUGAUCCAGAACCUAGCGCUGGUCGAGUAUGAUGGCAAACCGUAUAAAUUCUACUAUCUCGACGAGAGGCACGCUGAUGGUUCGUACGUAACCACUGACUUGAGUGGUGCCGGCCAUGCUGCAGAGUUUAUCAAGCUGGCAAAGGACAGCAAGCAGGGACCUUGGGAUUAUACAUUCGUGAGUGGAAAGGGGUACGAGAAAUUCCCGUACGUGGAGGUCAUGGCCUGGAACCCGUAGUUUUUAGGGAUACAACUACGAUGCGGUUUGCCUAACUGUAUCACUUGCUCGAUCACUCACUACUAUAUUAUUCACUGUGCCUGUUGUUACGGACUUCCUACAGCGAGGAGAGGCUCACGUAGUGGAUG